UUCUUCCUGUCGAAACACAACAGUUAUUCUACGCCAUUGGAUUCCUUCGUCGCCAAUCCAUCUCUUUCCCCUUCUCGGCGAUUCUUUUCUCGUCGAUCCUUUUCCCCCCCUUCCUCCCUCUUCUCCAUGGAGUUCACGGCGACUAGGGUUGGGCUUCCGCUCGAUCUCCCCAAACCCUAGCGAAGCGCGGCUGUGUCCUCCUUCCCCCGCCAUGGAGGGCUCGGCGGGCGACCCCGGAGCCCCGGACUCGUGGGAGAUGGCGGAUCUUGACGCUAGUAUGAGCCGGCUGCUGCUCUCCUCCAAGAACGGCUCCGCCUUGUCGCCAUCGCUGGAGGCCGAGGAGGAGGAGGAGGAGGAGGCGGCGGCGGCUUUGGAUAAUACUCGGGCUUCGCUGGCCUCCGUCGAUGGUGCCGAAGGCGUCCCGAUGGAUGCCGUCGGCCAGGUGGACCAGUUCCUCCGGGAGGCUUUGGAGAAGCCGCGAGAGCGGUUGGCGAUUUUGAGGAUGGAGCAAGACAUUGUGAAGUUCAUUUGUGAUCCUACUCAACAGCAACUAGAAUUUCAGGCCAUUCCAAAUUCCUACCUAAGAUUAGCAGCACACCGCAUUGCACAGCAUUAUUACCUCCAGUCAGUUGCCAUACAAGAUAAUAGUAUGCCAGAUGGAUCUGGUUCUCGGAUUUUGAUGCAGAAAACUUCAUUUAGUUGUCGAAGACCUCCAGUUCGUCUUGCAGAUAUUCCUGUCAAUUUUCCGCAAGAAGAUAGUAAUGCCAUCCCGAAGGUUGCAAUCAAGCAAAGGCCUCAGAAGCACUCACAAAUUAUGAGCAAUGCAAAUACUCAGUCCUAUAAGACUAAUCGUCAAAAAAGCGUUGAAGAAAGAAAAGAAGAGUAUAACAGGGCACGUGCACGCAUAUUCAACAGCAAUGAUAUGAGUAGCACAAUUUCAUAUUCAAAGGAUGAAGUAAAAUUGCCAGAUAUCCUACAAGACUGCUCUAUAUCUGCGAGGUCAGAUGAAAAAACUGCAAUAGAAGGAUCUGAAAAAAAUCUUGGGAGGAGUUUUAGCGAUUCUUCUUCAGGUAGUAGCAUAUUAAAUAGAACUAAGAUAGAGAAAGAGCCCAUUGUUAGCAGACACAAAACAAACAAUAGAGUAGCCAUUUUUCGGGACCGCGAGGUGGAUAGCAAGGAUCCUGACUAUGACAGAAGUUAUGACAGGUACAUACAAAGAUUUGAACCUGGGUUUGGAUUCAACAGUGGACCGGGGACCAUACAGCCACUAUAUUCCCCUGCUGUUAAUUACAAUACUGAAUUCCCACAACUUGGAUCAGGUCAUGGUGCUCAAUUUCCUGUUGACCACCAACCUCAGCCUAUUCCUCAGCAUCUGCAUGGACCUUGGUUAUCGCCUUCAGCACCUAAUGUGAUCAACUAUGGUCCUCCAGCAGGCAUGAUGCCAACAUAUAAUUCCAAUCAUGUUCAUGCUCAUUCCACGACAUCAGUUUACAUGCACUCGUCUCAAUAUUCUGUGCCUCCACAUCCUGGAAUGUCUUUUGCUCAUCCUAAUGGACACAUUCAAUCUUUUGUGCAGACUCACCAGCAGCUACCUGACACGAGUUUUGGAUUAGCCCGGCCCCGUUGAGGGGCCUGGGCAUGCCUGCACCUGCCAGCAGGAGCUUUGAGUUCGAUAAUGUGAUGAUGCCACAGUUCCUGGCAUCAGUGAUUUGCUGGCAGGAAAAUAGCAGGCAAAAUGGACCGAGGAUGGCCAGGACAGUGUGUCAUAAGUCAAACUUAGCAGUUUCUGGCUUGCUCGGAUUUGUUGAUGCUUUCUGCAUGUCAGAUGAUGAAAAAGCAUGUAGUUUCCGAUGUUCUCUACUCUUGCGCAGGCUACAGACAAUCCGAUUUGAUGGCACUGAAACUGAACGGAAAGCAAUCAUAUGGGAUGUAAUUAGCUCGUUAGGAUGAGGGUUUGAUGUCAAACAAGAUCUCUAAGAUGAUCGUCAUGAAUUUUUUCUGCAGAAGUACCAUGACUGGCAUCUCCCUUAGACAAUCCUUACUUUUGGAGGAAGGAUGCUCUUCAUGUAGUGAAAUUAAGUCAAUUCAAAGUAGACACAACACAGUGUUCUGCUUAUCAAGGAAUCAAAUCGAGAUGGCUGCCUCAACCAGAAAGGUCUUUGUUGCAUCUGUGAGAGCUCACACCAGAAACCAGAAAGCAGCAAAAUCCACUUCAUUUCCUCUUCCUCAAGGAUGGUCCUAUCAGGCAAUUAAACCUCCAACAUUAAGCAUCUGGAUCUCCAAAUGGGCCACCAGUGACAUCUGGAUCUCCAAAUGAGCUGAGGAUAGCAGACAUUUGGCUUACACAAAGUGAGGUCCCGAUGGAAAAGACUAGUCAUAUCAUCAUUUUUCAUUCAUGACUUUGAUUCUCGCAAAUAUGAUGUGUUCCCAAGUUCACAGGCAUCAACUGCUUCUCAUAUGCAUCCUUUAUUCCAUGUCUCUCAAUGUCAGUGCCUUUCUUGACAUUGCAUGCCUUCUGCAGAACCUAACAAAAGAGUUAGGGUUUGUAUUCUGUCUUAUGAUAGAGCCGGCAGUGGAGAGAUUACCCUGACCUAAAUGUUAGAUAGUUUGGAACUUGCUGGUAGUUUGGAACUAUUGAAGUGGAUGGCCAUUAAGAAAAGAGGUUACCUGGCCAUCUUGGCUGCCUGAUGCAUCUUAAUUAGUUGUACCUUUCUCGGAAGUAGCACAUAAGCACAAGGUUCCAUUGUUACUUGUCCACAUCCAUUUUUGCCCACAACGUUGUUCUCUUUGGUUGGAUGAGAAUUGCAGAUGGUGAGCUGAUAAUUGCUUCUGAGGGGCUGCCAAUUUCCGGACACAGAGGGAGGUCCACUCAAUUGCAUGGGUCAUGCUAGCCAAAUCUUGUGUUCCCAUGGUGCAGAUGAUGUUUACACCAAAUGCCCUUUUCUCUGUGAGGGACCUGCUGUGCCCAUGGGUGACUUCGGAUGAGGCAAGUUGUCCACAGCUCCCAAGAUCAUCAAUUGCAGAAUUAUCACACCCUAAGCUGAUCCAUAGCAAUGGGCGUGGGGCCUUUUACUAUGAUGCCAUCCAUAUCAACGUCUUACUAAUGCGUUCGAGCAUCAACAUGUUCCCCGUUUGUAGAUGGUGCAUGUAAUUCUUAGAUUGACAUCAGCAGAACUUAGCUGAGAUUCCCACCGUUGUCUUUGUGUUAGUAUCGUAAUGAGCUGUUCUAGUGCUUUACUGUCGCUGUCACAGAUUGUGCUUUCUGUAAUCCGAAGUAGAUGGUGAAUUUAAUUCUAUUAAUUGGAGACAAUAUGAACUUAGCCAAAGAUUUCA